UCUUGCUUCAUUCGCUCGCUACACAGUAGACAGUAACCAAGUUUAUUUAUUUAUUUAUUUAUUUAUUUAUUUUCACACACAUUACUUUCAUCAUCCUCGCUCUCUACCUUGAUUGGCGUUGUUCCUUCUGCUGGCAGCAUGGUGUCCUCCAAAUCCGUAACCGCAUACGUGGGGUCAGCACUGCUGUUCGCUGCCCGGAUAUCGUCUGCGACCAACUUCACCAUUUCGAACGGCCAGAUAUUUACGCCGGGCUUUGCUAUCGUCGAUGCCCCGCAGCCGGACACUCCCCUCGGCGGAGACCUCAUCGAAAUCGCGCUCGACGUCUCGGCGGACGGCCGCCUCCCUCUGCCGCCGUACGCUCAGGACAGCCCCAGCCAAAUUCACAACAUCACCAUCUUCCUCUUCAGCUAUGACAAGGGCCGCAACUUCACCAUCACCAACGGCACCGCCUCGGCGAACAACGCCAGCCUGGGCGAUAUCAUGCUCCAGGAGCCCGGCAGCACCGUGAAGCACGUCAGGUGGACCUGGCCCGAUUGCCUCGUCGGCGAUGGCGGGCAGCAGGGCUUGGGGGACACCGACCGGGGGGUAUACAAUAUCUCCAUUCGGCAGUCGUUCCGCCUCAACGGCACGGACUACUACACCAUCUUCGAUCUUCCAAUCUCCGUCACCAACAGCAUCCCCAGCAACAGUGACAGACCGUCGUGCGACGCACUGAACAACCCGAUGCUGAGCCCCGACGAGAUCCGCGCCUCGACCGACAUCUUCAACGCCCCGGUCAUGUUUGCGCCCGGUGACGCCACCACUGUGCAGACGAGCUCUGGACAGGGCCUGGGCAGUGGUGCGGCUACCUGGCGGACGAGACUGUGCUGGCUCGGGCUAGCGGGGGUGGCGGCUGCUUUGGCGAUGUGAGCAUCGCAGGGGCGGAAGUGUCAGGCCAUGUGGAUGGCGGACCCCAUGGUUGGGUAAUGUCAAAGGUUCUUGAGGAACCGAAGUCUGCAUAAAGACUGGGAAGGGUCCGGUACGACAAGGAGGAGAAAUUCCAUGGAGUCUUGCAGCUGGAGGAUAGGAAUCGUGUGUUUAACUGUGCAAUAACCCUGAGACUCUGGGUUCUACAGACAGGUU